UUCUUUUUUUUUUUGGGUGUCCUUGAAGCUUUGUCCGCCUGUGUCCUUUGUCCUCAACUCUUUAACCGCACUCUGCCCUUCGCCUUCGACAAAUAAUACGACCGACUCAACUGCAGCCUACAGGGAUAUCACUCACACAGCCAUGGUCUCCAAAAAGCAAAAGAAGCCCGAAGAGUCACCAAGCUCGUCAACAGCUCUGGACCAAAUCUCGAACUUCUAUAUCCUCCCCUUGCACAUGCCCUCUAUCACAGCGUCCCCUAACUCCGCCCAUACCUCUCCAGCCUACGAAAAUGUUCUUCACUACCUCUACUUCAAGAAGCAUGAAUCACCCAAGGAAGACCCAAAAACCCCUAAGGAUAGGACCCUCUUUGUCCUCAAUAUCCCCGUGGAUGCUACGGAGUCACAGCUUCGGGAACUGUUCAAGCCUUAUGGACGAGUGGUCGCAGUUCAUUUCAUGGAUCGGGUGAGGGAUACGAAUCUGACGAAGGAGGAGCGGGAGCAUCAGGAAGAACUUGAGCGGUUGGAGAUGCAAGCAGCGGCAGCAGCGGCGGAGGCAGAGGCGAAGGCGAAGGGAAAGAAAGGCAGCAAGAAGCAACAGCUCCAGAAGGGAUCAGGAUCAGGAGAGGACGACAGUAGCAGUCAUCACAGGAUCUUGUAUGCGUCGGGAUCACAGGCGUACGUCAUCUUUUUGGAGGAGCAAGAAUUGACAAAGGUGCUGAACAUGAAGAGGAAAAAGAGAUCAUGGAUCCGUACCGGAGCCGAGGCCACGGAAGCUGAUUCCGCCAAGCUCGCAAGUUUGGGCGUCGCCAAAUGGAUCAAUGAUUACCAUAGAAUGCGACCAGCACAUUCGGCCAUACAGAUCAAGGUUGACGAUUACAUGGAUAAGUUUGAACGUUCAGAGUACGAGGCUCAGCAGGCUGCCUUGGCACGACUCAACGUCAUGGACGAGGACGGCUUUACUCUCGUCACUCGGGCCGGUAGCAAGGGCCAUAACACUGACGGAGUCAUCAAGAUUCAGGCAGUCAAGGCUGAGGAUGUCAAGAACAUUAAGCCAAAGAAGAAGGAGCUUCAGGACUUUUAUCGAUUCCAGAUGCGUGAAGCCAAGCGUGACAAACUGGUGGAUCUGCGUCGCAAGUUCGAGGAGGACAAGCUCAGGAUCGAGGCACUCAAGGUCAACAGGCGCUUCAGGCCAUACUAAAGCAGGCGGUCAAUGCCCCCCCCUUUUCGUUCUUCAUUUUGCAUAUCCCACUCGCACACACACACACACACACACACAUCUCGCAUUCAUCCUGUCAUUCAAUAAAGGCGAUGCACUAAAACAAGACCAG